UUCAAUCUCAUCUUGACUAAUAUACCAUAACAUGAAACAUAUCUAUGGAGCAGCAGGGAGCUUGCUGUGUGUGACUGUCAUGUGAAGUGUCAGUCUGUAACAUGACUCAGAGCGUCACAGGCGGAAGGUCACGGAGCAGCAGGACGGAACGGAAGCGGGAGUAAAAAAGCCUAUCCGCCAUUGUGGAGUAUGGUAAGGGAUAUUCCAGUAAGACACUAGUCCGUUUUUAGAUUUGACUGAUAAAGGACCAUCUGUGAGGACCGGAUCGGACACAUUAAUUGACGCCUUCUCCACAGAACACAAAGUCGCCGUUUGUAAGCAGCAGAAGCAGCCGAAGCAGCCGAUCGUCGUCAGGUCUGAGCCCGGGGAGCAAAGCCUCGUAGCGUUCACCGACUGAUUGGACAACCCGAGAGACGAGCCAGGAAAGCACCCAAGUGCACACAGAGAGAGAGAGAGAGAGGCAGGGGGAAGCCGUGGACAGUCUCACUAAACAGCGAUCAGUUUCGGCUCCUGGAGGAUGUCUGCGACCACAGUCGAUCAGAGACCUAAAGGACAAGGAAAUAAAGUGCAAAACGGAUCAAUGCAUCAAAAGGAUGGUGUGAAUGAUGAUGAUUUUGAGCCUUACCUAAGCGGUCAGACAAAUCAGAAUAACAGCUAUCCACCAAUGUCUGAUCCCUACAUGCCCAGCUACUAUGCUCCAUCCAUUGGUUUCCCUUACUCUCUGGGAGAGGCUGCUUGGUCCACAGCAGGAGACCCUCCUAUGCCCUACCUAACUACCUAUGGACAGAUGAGCAAUGGUGAGCCUCACUUCAUCCCUGAUGGCGUGUUUAGCCAGCCGGGUGCCCUGGGGAACACUCCUCCCUUCCUCGGCCAGCAUGGCUUCAACUUCUUUCCUGGAAAUGCAGACUUUUCCACUUGGGGUACCAGUGUCUCUCAGGGUCAGUCCACUCAGAGCUCAGUAUACAGUAACAGCUAUGGGUACGCCCCCAGCUCGCUGGGUCGGGCCAUCACGGACGGACAGGCGGGUUUUGGAAGUGACACCCAGCUCAGUAAGGUCCCAGUGCUGAAUAGCAUCGAGCAGGGUAUGGCGGGGUUAAAACUGGGUACGGACAUGGUGGCAGCUGUCACCAAAACCGUGGGCUCGCCCUUAGGGGGCACAGCAGGUAUGAGCAGUAUGGCAGCCAAUAACCUUCCUCCGUCUGUCAGCUCAUCCGCACCUAAACCUGCCUCCUGGGCAGCCAUUGCCAAGAAGCCGGCCAAGCCACAGCCCAAGGUCAAACCCAAAGCCAACAUGGGGAUGGGGGGAGGUGUCACCAUUCCCCCACCCCCCAUAAAGCACAAUAUGAACAUUGGUACUUGGGACGAUAAGGGCUCUCUGAACAAGCCCCCAUUAGCUCAGACUAUGAUGCCCCCGCAGCCUCUGGUGCAGCAGCCUCUCCUAGCUCAGCCCCAGGCCUUACUGCAGAACCCUUUGCCCCCUCAGGCUCAACACCAGCACCAGCACCAACACCAACACCACCAACAACACCAACACCAACACCAACACCAGCCCUUCCAGCUCCAGUCUCUCCAGUCCCCCCAACAUCCUCAGCCCCUCCCUCCUGGUCCUCCACACCUUCACCUCACCUCUCAACCUGGCCCCCCUCAGCCCCUUCAUCAGCAGCAACCCCAGCAGCCUGGCCCGCCUCCCAACCGCUGGGUGGCUCCCAGGAACCGGGGUGAGGGCUUCGGUCUGGGUGGGGGAGUCCCAAUGAGUGCCUCCCCUUGCUCUGGAGAAGUGCAUCCUGUGCUGGAGAAACUCCGUGCCCUCAACAACUACAACCCCAAAGACUUUGACUGGAACUUGAAAAACGGACGUGUUUUCAUUAUCAAGAGCUAUUCAGAAGAUGACAUCCACCGCUCAAUCAAGUACUCUAUCUGGUGCAGCACAGAACAUGGCAACAAGCGCCUGGACGGCGCCUACCGCUCACUGGGCAGCAAGGGGCCCUUGUACCUGUUGUUCAGCGUCAACGGCAGUGGGCACUUCUGUGGCGUGGCCGAGAUGCGCUCACCGGUGGACUACAAUGCCUAUGCAGGUGUCUGGUCUCAGGACAAGUGGAAGGGCAAGUUUGAGGUGAAGUGGGUUUAUAUCAAAGAUGUGCCCAACAACCAGCUGCGACACAUCCGGUUGGAGAACAAUGACAACAAGCCAGUGACCAACUCCAGGGACACUCAGGAAGUGCCUCUGGAGAAGGCCAAACAAGUGCUUAAAAUUAUCGCCACUUACAAGCAUACCACCUCAAUCUUUGAUGACUUUGCACAUUAUGAGAAACGUCAGGAAGAGGAGGAGGCUCUGAGGAAGGAGCGCAAUAGAAAUAAACAGUAACCUUCAAGCAAGCUCUCUGCUAGAACUGCAACACUAAUGACAUAGGACCUUAAAAUAAAAUUUGCCUAACCACAAGGAGGAAAGGCUCUCACAAUCUUUCCGCUGAAGACAACAAUGUAUCUGAACACUUGAACAUGACAAUAGAUGGACUCAUCUGUAUCCGUUGACUGGUGCAUCAAAACCCUGUGUUCCUGUCUCACGAGAAAACGAACGUAACCCACUUUGAAAACUCUCUAAAACUGUCUUGAAAGCACUUUCAGUCUACCAGUACCCUUAACUCUCUAACUCUGUGUUCUUCUUCUUCUUUAAUUUUGUUUGUGAGCAACUAACUGACUAACCAGAGUAGUCAGAAGAUUUCACUAGGCUUAUUUGUAAUUUCUUUCUUUUUUCCUUUUCCUUUUUUUUUUAAAGCCUCAAAUAUUUGGGAUGUUGGUGAGCUCCACGGCGCUUGAAGAGAAUUAAAGAUAUGUAUAAAUUAAUCUUUUACUUGAAUCUGUAUUCAGCCAUCUGAUCCUCCUCAGACAGAGGCUGUGGAUGAUUGACAGGUGGGACAAAUUAAUUGGGAAACAGCCACAAUCAUGCCAAUCACAGGACGUGUCCUCCCUUUACCUGUUCCCUUCGUUUCUGCGUCGUACCAUAAGAUUACAGUUAUGCAGCGGGCUGGCAGCAAGUGUCGGCUAGCGCACAUCUUGUUUUUGUUUUUUUUGUUUUUUUUUCCUCUUGUGAUUCUGUCAUUCUGAAGUGCAUUUGUCUGAGGAGAAACCUGCUGCUCUGGUAGAACUAGUGGUGGCCUCCGUUGGCCCUGUGGGUGACUGUCUUUGCUCUGAUGUUGAUGUACUCUACCGUACCUCAGGCUCAAUCAGACUGUCUGUCCUCAGCAACUCUUAGCACUUUUGGGAGAAUCCCCAAAUCGUCCUGCCUCCUCGGCUUGACUGGGAUUCCCCCAAAAUGACAAGACAUCAACUGUAAGGAUGUGAUGGUUUUCUCCUCUAGGUAACUCACUAGCUAAAUAAAAAUUACCCAUGUUUAGCGCAAA